GUGUAGUAAAAACAAUAACUUCCAGAGGAAAGCUGUAGCAGUCGAGUAACAGAUUUGCUGUGUAGUGCAUCUGGCCUUUACCCAAAUAGUACGUAGAUAAAUAUCUACUCAAAUCGCAAACAGGUGUAUCACCAUGGAUACAGGAGAUGGCUCGUCAAAACCAGGCAUUGUGCGGCCUAGAAGAACAUCGUUUACACGAAAGAUGAGUGUUAUGGCCGAGCCUGGAAAAGAAGGACAGCAAGUGCCACCAGGAAUAUGGGCAGGCAAUUCAAUCGGUGUAUUUACAAGUGGAGGAGAUUCGCAAGGUAUGAAUGCAGCUGUAAGAGCCGUAGUCCGAAUGGGAUUUUACAUUGGCUGUAAAGUCUAUUUCAUCAAAGAGGGGUACCAAGGAAUGGUGGAUGGUGGAGACAACAUUGUUGAAGCUACCUGGUCUAGUGUCUCUGGCAUCUUGCAAAUGGGAGGAACUGUAAUUGGCAGUGCCAGAUGCAAAGAUUUUCGUGAGCGUUCCGGGCGCCUAGUCGCUGCCAACAACCUGAUAGAGCGCAGCAUAACAAACCUGGUUGUCAUUGGUGGUGAUGGUAGUUUAACUGGGGCUAACUGCUUCAGACAGGAGUGGCCUGGUCUACUUGACGAUCUCUUGCAGUCAGGCAAGAUCACACCCCAGCAACGUGAAGACAACAAGCACCUGAAUGUUGUAGGGCUGGUUGGCUCCAUAGACAACGACUUCUGUGGCACUGACAUGACCAUUGGCACAGACACCGCCCUGCAUCGCAUCAUCGAGGCUGUUGAUGCCAUAGCUACUACAGCACUCAGUCACCAGAGAGCUUUCGUCUUGGAAGUCAUGGGAAGACACUGUGGGUACCUGGCCUUAGUGGGUGCCCUGGCAACUGAAGCUGAUUGGGUGUUUAUCCCGGAGUGGCCCCCAGAGGGUGACUGGAGGGAGUCGCUGUGUAACAAGCUGGCUGCGGAGAGAAAUCUUGGCCAGCGUCUGAACAUUAUUUUAGUUGCAGAGGGCGCCAUUGAUGAGAAUGGUAAAGCUAUCACAGCAGAGGAGGUGAAACAGCUAUUGUGUGAUAAAAUGAAGAUUGACACCAGAGUUACAGUCCUUGGUCAUGUCCAGCGUGGUGGAAGCCCCUCUGCUUUUGACAGAAUUUUGGGCUCAAGAAUGGGAGCUGAGGCUGUGUUAGCCCUAAUGGAUGCCAAACCUGACACACCAGCCUGUGUCAUCUCUAUUGAAGGAAACUCUACUGUUAGGGUGCCCCUGAUGGAGUGUGUAGAAAGGACAAAAGAAGUUCAAGCUAAUAUGGACAAAAGAAACUUUGAUGAAGCUGUACGCCUUAGAGGAAAGAGCUUCCAGAAUAAUCUGAACACAUAUCGCCUGCUGAGUAAAUUGCGACCCCCAUCAACGCACUUCAAGCCCACAUCACAUGAAGACAAGAGCAGGCCACUAUGGAAAAAGGUACUCCAUUUAUUCUUCAUUAACAUCCUAUUGCAUAUUCUGGGCUUCUUAAAAAAAAUAAUUUUUUUUAGAAAUUAUUAAAAAACAAAACAUUGC